AAGCCAUAGUGUUCUAUGACGACAACGAAAGCCGAAUCAGCCUGACCAACGUCCAGGUGCGCAACCUCUCGGAGAGAUGCUCCUCUCUACUUCGCGCCUGUGGCGUGCACAAGGGCGAUGUCGUCUGCAACCUCCUCCCGGGAAGCAUAGAGAGGGAGAUUACUAACUUUGGAAUAAUGCUGGCAGGUGCCAUUGUGAUGCUGGGAAGCAACAUCACCGACAGAAACCCGCACUUCUGGGACCCCAUUCGUCAGGCCAAGGUCAAGUACAUCAUCGUGGACCCAUCGAAAGACUCACCAGCCUGGGGCAUGCUGAAGGAUGACCUGGAGGCCAGCGAUGCCGACAUUGAGAGGUCGACCAACAAGGAGAUUCCACUGGUGGAGAAGGUGUUUAAGUUCAGAGUGGAACACCUUAUACCUACCUCGAGUCGUUGCGGGGUCAAGUCUGCCUUGGAUCUGAUCCGGUGUCACGACGGCACCUACGUGGAGAGAGUCUAUGCUCACGACCCCGCCGCCAUCUUUGUCUGCAAGUGUGCUCACCAGAAGCAUUACAAACUAGUGUUGCGAAACCACAACAUGCUGGUGCAGAUCGGGCACCGUGUGGAGGACAUGUUCAGUCUGCAGAGCCAGGACAUCAUCUACAACGACUGGCCGGUCAGCUGGAUCCCGGGCUUGCCUUUUGGCUACAUUUCUGUAGGAUCCACCAUUGUCAAGUCCACGCUAAUCAACUGCUCACCCCAGAAAGUCGUCGUCCACACAUGGGACCUGAUAGUGAAAGAGAAGUGCACCGUGGCCAGCUUGCAGCCGCCCAUGAUUCAGAUGCUGACCUCACACUGUGAGGACAUCCCAGAACCCCACUGGAAGCUACGCCUUCUCACCACGACAGGUUAUGUCAGCCAGUCCGCCAUGGACGCCAUCGGACCGGUCACUGAGGCCAUCGCCGUCUGCUACUCUCUGAUUG